UAAGAAAGAUCGCCCUUCUUGAUCACCUCAUCUGAAAACAAAAUCCCCAUACGCCCAUCUUCUCGAAUCGUGAAACGUUUUCGUCAGAAGGUGGGGAUGGCAGCCAUGGCGGCGAUCAAAGUGGUGACGCUGACAAUGGCCAUAAUAAGCUGUGUAUAUGCCGGCAGCGACGACACAAAUCCUGUAUUUGAUCCAUGUUCAGAUGCAGCGGUUCAGAGAUGGGAUGGUUUUACAUUUGGUCUGGUGUUUUCUUCCAAAGAUUCCUUCUUCUCCAACCAAACCCAGCUUUCUCCCUGCGAUCGCCGCCUCCCCCUUUUCGGUUCUCCUGCUCAGCUUGCGGUUUUCAGGCCGAUGGUCGAUGAGAUUUCACUCCUCACCAUCAACAACUCCCUCUUCAAUCCAGUCUUUUCCGGUGGUCAUAUGGUGGCAUUUGCCGGGCGAAAAUAUGCGGCCAGGUCUUUCCCAGCUUUUGUUGCCGACGUUAGUAACACCGUUACCAGCCACACCCUGGUUGUUGAAUUUCAGAAAGGCAUCCUCCAGAAUCUGUAUUGGAAGAAAUUUGGGUGCGUUUCUUGCAUCGGAAGUUCUUUGGUUUGCCUUAAUCAGACUGAUUGUGCAAUAAAAAACAACAAGUGUCAUGGCUAUGGCGGGGACACCGACUGCAGCAUUAGCAUACAGUUGGCGUUUUCAGGCACAGACAAGAACGAUGAUGUUCUCAACUCUUGGUACGAGGUGAAGAAUCUCCGACAAUACUCUCUUUAUGCACUCUACUCUGGUCUUAGCAAUUCUAUCACCAGUCCAUUUAGCAGUCUUUUUUGAGAAAUUUGUAUGGAUGUAAACUCUUGUAUGUGUUUAAUUUGUUCAUGGAGCUAUUA